AUGGCGGCGAAACCGACGAUGAUUCUUCCGGUAGUUCUCCUAGUAGCUAUCCUUUCCUUCACCAACGCUCUCCCAUCGGAGACCAUCUCCAACGCCGCCGAAACUCUCUCCGAUUCCGGCUACAUCGCUAUGUCCUUAACCCUAAAUCUCGUCUCCAGCUCUUUACUAUCUCAAACAAGCUCCGCCACCAUCUUCACGCCUCCUGACUCCAUCUUCACUGAACUCGGCCAACCUCCUCAGUCUCUCCUCGAACUCCACAUUUCACCAUUAGGUUUCUCCUUCCCUGGUCUCCGUUCCCUUGAUCCUGGCACCAAAAUCCCCACUAUGUCCUCCGACAACUACCUCACCAUUACGUCCCCUUCAUCAUCCGAUCAGGUUUCUAUAAACAACGUGAAAAUCCUUGGAUCUCCGAUUUUCGACGACGGAUCGCUGAUAAUUUUUGGUAUUGAGAAAUUCUUCGAUUCUAAUUUCACUGUCUCUGAUUCUCCCGCACAAAUCCCAAGCAUCAAUGAUUGCGAGACACCGUAUAGUGGUGGUAACAGUUUCUCGUUCCAUGAAGCCAGUAACGUGUUGAUCUCUAGAGGAUACUCUGUGAUGGCUUCGUUUCUAAAUCUGCAAUUGCUAGGUUUUCUGAGUCAACCUAGUUUGACUCUUUUCGCCCCUGCUGAUGAAGUCAUGGUCGAUUAUUCAGGUCGGUUUCCUGAUUAUCCGUCACUGUUCCUACGGCAUGUGUUGCCUUGUAAGAUUUCGUUGAAAGAUCUUGUUAAUAUCGAAAAUGGAACCAAUAUGAACACGUAUCUGAAUGGAUUUAGAAUCAACGUUACUAGAUCUGGUGCUACGUUGAAGGUGAAUGAACUUCCGAUUGCAUUUCCGGACAUGUAUUACAGUGAUUGGCUUGUGAUUCAUGGAGUUCCUGCUGUUCUUUCUCUUUCUGAACCAGCGGACGACGACGACAACGACGAUUCUGAUGGAGAUACUUUUGAUACAAUUCCUUUCCGUGAUUCUGGCGAUGAGGUGACAGUUCCCGAUGCUUCAACUCGCAGUACUGAAUUUUAA